AUGAGUGGCUUCGAAAUCGUUGGCCUUGUACUGGGUGUGAUAGGACUCGUUCCAAUGUUCAAAGAAGGCUACGUAAUGGUCAAAGAGUACCGCCAGAGACAAAAAUACAAGAUACUAGUCACGGGCGGUUCAACCUCCACGUUAAAGGAUACGCUCGAAGACAGUAGUACCAGUGUCGCAAACCGAUAUGAUAAGUUUUAUUCGAGCUAUGGGACCAAGUUUUCCAAUGGUGAUGCAAUAUCCCACGCCCAACUCUCCAAAAUAGUUAUAACCCUCCAAGCAGAAAUCAUCUCCGCCCUUCGCUCCGCCUUAGCAGGAGGAACCCUUGAACAAAACGCCUCCCAUCUAAACCUCGUCGCCGGUCAAGGCCGACAAGAAGCCAUGGCGAUUCUAGGACAACUAGCCCAAAGAAUCUCUACCACCAUUGCCCCAAUGUUAUCGACCGCAAAACAGACACCCAAAUACCUUCCAAGCUCCCGGAUCCAAGAGAUCGAAGAAGACACGAGAGGCCAACCAAGUGGUAAUGGUUAUUAUGCCCAGAUAUCGAGCCAUAAUAGUCAAAAACAGACUUAUAAUCAGUAUCAAAAUUCUUAUGGAGGACAAGGAAGCCAGGCAUACCCGGGGAGCUACUCUAACAAUAGCGGAUCAUCAAGACAGUACUCGGGUUGGAAACCGACCCAACAACAACGAAGCAGAGCGGAAAGCGUAAGAAACAGUCUUAAAGUCCUAGGUUUCGAUUUCAACAAGAAAAGUAAUUCUUACAAGUAA